AGGUCAAAUAAGUGUUGAUGAUGUAAGAGUGACGUCAGAGUGAUGGCAGGGAGGAGCUGAGCUGCUGUUAUAUUACCACCUUUAUUACUCUUAUACACCACCUGCUGAACCCACCUGCUGACUUGUAUAAGUGACAUGGAAAAAGUGAUGUUGCAGUAAAGACAAUGGCAAUGUAUGGAGACAGUGUCCGCUCACCUCUUGAGCAGGUCUGGCGACAGUUCAUCCCUCAGGGUUAUGACCAAGCUCUUCGUAAUGCAUUCUACAAUGUGGCAGCUAUUGUAUUUGUUGGUUGUGUUGCUGCUGCGGCCUGGUCUGUGUAUAUGAUCUUUCAGCCAUUUGUGCAGCCUCUUCUGUGGGCAGUUCUGUGUGGAUCACUGCUUCAUCCAGCCAAGCACACUGUGACUGCCUGGAUGCAAGGAUGGUUGUCAGAGGUGCACUCCACUCAUGGUCUCCUCUCAGUAUCUUUAGCUCUGAUGCCCCUCCGUCUUCUGGAUACUGCCUCUGAAGUUGUUGGCAGGUUUGUAGUGCGUCAUGUGCGGAGCGUUGUGACUGUGACGGUAAUCCUGCCUGUGGUCUACAUUGUUAUCCACCACACUCCAACAUUCCUCACUAGUCUUGCCUACACCACGUUCUCUUGCCUCUUCUACUGUGUAACUGCUGUUGUGUCUACUGUCACCACUAAUGGUUAUAUAGCAUUAGCAUUGGUGCUAGGUUACCUGGGAGCUGUGAUGUUCUGCUGGUCUGGAAAGACUGCUGAUGCAUUGGCACGACUCAGCCUCCUUGUGUGGCUCAUUGCAGCGGCAGGAGUUGCAGGGUUGUGGCCGGCUGGAAGUGUUGUGGUGUUCUUGGUGCUGUGUCUCCUACUCACCGCUGGUUUGGUCACUGAGGUCCUCGAUGUGCAUGCUGCUCUGAAGUCAUCCAGAGGUGAAGGAGCAAGCUUUGUGGAGGCUGCAGUGUUGGUGUGUCUCAGAAGUGAUGUGCCCGAGCACACUGCUGUCACUGCACUCAAAGAGAAUAAGGCAGAUAGUGAAGAAAAGAAAGCUUCACUUACACCUGUAGCUGAAGAAGCAGUGGAGGAUGUAGGGGAUCAAUCAUCAAACUCUCAACUUUCCACAAUACCAGAAGUAUCUGGAGCCUCCUCAGGAAAGCAGGACUCUACUAACUCCACUACUGACACAGAGAUGAGCCAGGACAAAGAAGAGAAACAGAUUGCAGACUCAAGUGGGACAACACAGGAAGAAGCAUUUAAAGAAGAAUUGGUCCUAUCUAAUGAUAAGCCACAAGCGGGAUGGAGAGCGAAAAACAAACUGCGGUGCCUGUAUCAGAACGAUGUAUACUCAACACCCUCAACGGACAGCCCUCGGCCCCGUGUUCUGCUCAACUCUGGCAUUCCAUCUCAUUCUGUGUCUUCCCACCAGCUGAGUAGUCCAGAUGACAACACCUCAUCUCUGAAGAAUGAAGAAGAAAAUGGUAGCAACGUUUAUCUUAAGGGAGUGUUUGUGGCCUGUGUACUGGUAGAACUGUGGCAACACAACUACUUCUUGCCACUUCUACCUUUGGCAAUCAUCUACUACUUCGUCAAAAAAAUUGGUGAGUACAAAUUGCUGCAGCUUUUCAAUUGUUUACAGAUCCAAGGAGAAAGCAUGGCUUUGGUUGCUCUGGGGAGUCAGGUGAUUAAUUCCACUGUGGUGAACAACCCUCAGUUUCUGGCACUUCUCCCCGAGGGUCUGGGAGACGUGGUGAGCUCGGCACUUGACGAAGGAUACUUAUAUGGCCGUGAGUGGAUUGCCAGCAUGCUGAUUGAUGUGGAGGGUUCACACCCAGCAAUCAAUGCCACCAUGGUGGUGCGCAGCAUGUUGGGAGAGACUGAUGAAGAUAAAGCCAUCCAUCUGGAGAAACAGGUUGUUGAGCUGUGGGAUCGAAUAUAUCAAGCUUGGGUAGCAGCACAUCCCCAGGCACCAGCCAGAGGACCAGUUGUCACAUCAGAAGCUGUUGCCAUGACCUUUGACUCUCUUGUAGAAGGGCUGCGCAAAACUCCAGCUUGGGCAAGGCUGUGGAGGAUGCUGUUAACGGGGUGUUCAUUGCUUCUCUUAAGAUGGGAGCUUUCUAUGGCAUGUGGACCUGGCUGCUCCACUCAUUAUUCUCCACCAAUAUUGUUUACAUUCCAUCAGUGUUGGGGGCUGUGUUUGGUGCUGUGCCAUUAGUUGGCACCUACUGGGCAGCACUUCCUGGAGUUCUGGAACUAUGUUGGAGUCGUGAAUCACCAACACUUGGUGCACUUCUCUUCGGUGCUCAGCUCUUGCCAAUGUCUUGUGUUGACACAGCCAUCUAUGCUGACAUUAAAGGGGGAAGUCAUCCAUAUUUGACUGGUCUGGCUGUUGCUGGGGGCAUCUUCUACUGGGGUGCUGAAGGGGCCAUCCUGGGCCCCUUGUUAUUAUGCAUCCUUAAAGUGGCUACCAACAUGUAUUCUACUCUCAUCCAGUCUCCUGGGGAUAUAACUCGCCGCUUUGGCAGACUCCGCAGAUGCCAAAGUGAAGUGGGCAUGUAGUGAAGAGGGAGACGCCCAAGUGCUUCAUGGUCUGCUGCUUUAUACACCUGCCAGAAUGUACGCCAUGUAGUGUGACAUACAAGUGCUUCAUGGUCUGCUGCACUGUGCAGAAUGUUCAUGUGAUUGAUCUCUUGCCAAUAUUUUCCCCUUUUUCUUGGUUUUUCAAAGUUCCGUCUUGAGUAAUCUAGAAUUAUUCCAGUAAUUUUGAGGUGCCUUGUGAACAUAACAAUCAAACACAAUUAUAAAGACUGUAUUGCAACAUAGAAUAAAAGCAUCUCUUGCCAGUAUUCUUAUUUUUGUUUGAAAAGUUGUUAUAAAAUUAAAAGAAUAAACUGCAGAAAUGAUUUCUGGAAUAUAAUAAUGUAAAGUAUUUAAGGAAUGUUUUUAAUUUAUUAUUAGUUCUAAUGUGAUUUGCAUAUGUUCUUGUGAACAUUAUGAAUUGUGCCAGUUAACCCUUUGACUGUCUGGCAGGUAGAACUACGUUGUGGAAUCUGCUCACUCUGAUAUGCUGUGAGCUGUAAAUUUUGGCCUAGGUAUGAGAGAAAGGGUCUGUGCGGUGAGUGUGCACAGUAUAAAAAAGCCUGCCUCACGUGAUGCAUAAUGGGAAAAGCAAAACUGAUCAUGUGUUUGGUUUAAAAUAGUAACUUUGAGGUUUUUCUAGGAUGGUUUUUAUGGUUUUAUUAGCUGUUUCAAUGUAUCAUUUGUUACAAUGGAAAACCUAAUGCUGAAAGUAACGGAAAUAUAUGAAGAGGCUUUGGAACAUUAUUAUUGCACAGAGAAAAUGUCAUUUUAGUGCCUGGGAUGUCUACAUUGUUUUUAAAUUGAAUUUUUUUUAGUUUUAUGCAAAAUUGACCAAAUUACUGAAUUCUGUGCACUUUACAGGAUAGUUUAGAUAGUUGGCAAAAAAAAAAAAAAAACAGUGAGUAGAACAUGCCUAGACUGCUAACUUUCUGCCUGUAAUUGUGUAAGUUAUCCAUAAAAUUUUGCGUUUUGUGUCAUUAUCUUCAGAAAAAAUUCUAUACCAUUUCAGAAGAAUUUUCUCUUAUAAAUGUGGACACGGUGAGCACUUUUAAUUAUGGGGGUCUGGACAGUGAAAGGGUUAGUGUCUGAAAUGAAUCAAGUAUUACCUGCAUAUUAUGUUUGUGAUUUAAGUCUCUCUUGCUCCUCACUUGUGCCUCUACAGUUCAAGUAACAUUAUCAGUGAUGUGCACAAAUUUGUUAUUUAAGGUAGAUCUACGUGCAAGUAGACAGUGUUCUAAACAAGUGUUUAUAACUUAACCAUAAAAAGCUUUUCCCAAGAGCGCAUUGACUGGCUUGCUUACCAGACAUCAUCUCUAAGCUUUCAGAAAAUACUCUUGUCGACAUUAAAGGUUUCGAGCUUGUAAAGGAGACAUAGUUUGUGUUGACUUACCCUUAAUGGUAAGAUGUGGCCUGAGCUUUAACUUUUUAUAAAAGAAUUAAAUGCUUUUUAUGCUGCCUUCCCCAGUUUUGUAGAUAGUAACCCCAGAUGAGAAGUAUUACCUUAGCUUUAAGUUCAUAACUUGUUGACCUAAUCAGUUUAACUUAACGAUGUGAGGUGUUAUUGAAUUAUAUAGUAUAUAUAUCACUAUAGGAAUAAUAAUGAAAUGUAAGAUAAUUUUACUGAGCUGAUGAGAGCAUUUGUGUUACUCUUUAAUUUGUGCCUACAAUACUUAACACUUUAUUAGACAUAAUUAAGUACACUUCACAUCACAACAGUUGCUGAAGGUAGCCUAGAAGGUCAUUAUUUGAGUACUUAAGAUAAUAGUAUAAGUAUUUAUAUAGAGAAUUUAGUUAAAUUUAUAAUUUUUGUAAUCUCAUUUUCUCUUAACAUCUCCAGAAGGCAGUUAAUACAGUUUUUGUAUAUUGUUGCUUGUCCGUCCCUAUUGUGAUUUAUAGAUUUUAGGUUUUGUCCUAGAUAUACAGAUCUGGUAAAGAUGAAGUUUUAGCUAAAAUUUUGUCAUAGCUUGUAUUUCAAUCUUUGUUCUAGCUGCUUGUGUGGAAUACUGUACUUUACAUAUUCCCAGUACUGUAAAGUGAUGCAUUGAAUUACCUUCAACUUGCUGCAACACUAAACACUUGUUCUAAUUAUUUACUUGCUCUUUAAUCAGCAAAGUGAUAUAGUUUUAUUUUAAUUUUUAACUGAAAUGUAGUGAGUUUGCAGAAUAUUAUGGUGGUGCUAAUGUCAUAGUGAAAUGUGGUGGUUGUAACGUGACAGGGUGAGAGUCUGAAGUAGCUUGGAGGCAGUUGACAGAGGAGUACUGUGGUGGUGGUAACCUGAUGAGCUAGUGACCAAAGAGGCUUUAUGGAGUAAGUUUACAGAGGAGUACUAUGGUGAAGGUUGUGGUAAUGGUACAGGGGAGUCAGUGAGAAAGGUAGUUUCAUCUCGAGUCAUAUGUUGGCAUUCUGGGUUAAAGUAAAUUUAUUUUAUAUCUAUUUUGCUAUCCAUAUUUUUCUUUAGAGCAUCAUGAAGGGUUCCUCCCUAUUAUAGAUGAAUAACUCACAUGGGUUUAGCACUUUUCUUGAAUAUAAUAGUAUUCCUCACCAUUGUACUUUUGCUAAAACCUCCUAUUUAUCACAGUUCCUCCUCACUAUAUCCCUCCAUCUUAUAAGAAAUUUAUCACAGUACCUCCUCAGUGUAUCCCAUCUUGUAAAAAAUAAAUUUAUUAGAAUUAUAUUAGAUACAAACCCAGAAGUGAUUACUAAGACACUGACUACACAGUGCUUGCUACACCACCAGACUCUUGCUACCAGUCACUCUUUUUUAUAAAUAACCGCUUAAAAAUAAAGAGGCAAUAACAUAAAAAUUA